UGAUGAUGCGAAUUUAUUCGUAAAAUCAGGUUUAUAUUUUGUAAACGAUUAAUAUUCAGGAGUUUGUACGUUAUAUAAGGAACUAGGAAGUUAUUCCGUCAUUUAUUAGAGCGACAAUCGCGUUUCAUCUGGCCCAACUUUUGGGCAAACUUAUUUUAUUUCAGAUGGCUUUCUAAUUUUAGAAGACAGGAAAAUGAGGCUUAAAUUUAUAUCUUGCCUCUUGGCCUGCUUGUGCCUUUUUAGUGGCACACAAGGAUUAUCGACGAAAGUGCUUGAUGACGACAUCAAAGAUGCAAAGAUCAAGGAUAACGAAAUUUCUAUAGAUAGUAGUACUAUGGAGUCUACGACUUCUGAAAUAAGUAUUACAACAAAAAAUGAUAAUGCAACUCCUAAAACUACAGAAAUCAUAGAUUUAGAUUUCAUUAAUGGAACGUCUGCUGUAUCAGAUAACUUAAUCGGAAAAGACCGUCAAAGAAGACAAUAUCCUCCAUACAUAUAUGUACUACCCUUAGCAUCUUAUGGUCCUCCUCCCCCAUAUGCACCGCCACCUCCUCCCAAGCCAUACGUUCCAGCAGCACCACCACCUUAUGUUCCUCCAGCGCUACCUUAUGUAGCACCACCACCUCCUCCCAAACCAUAUGUUCCACCAGCACCACCACCUUAUGUACCUCCAGCACCACCUUAUGUACCACCACCACCUCCUCCACCGCCACCUCCACCCAAACCAUAUGUUCCACCAGCACCACCACCUUAUGUGCCUCCAGCGCCACCUUAUGUACCACCACCACCUCCUCCACCGCCACCUCCUCCCAAACCAUAUGUUCCACCAGCACCACCACCUUAUGUGCCACCAGCGCCACCUUAUGUACCACCACCACCUCCGCCUCAGACAUAUAUAGCUCCACCUAAGCCAUAUAUACCUCCACCUAAGCCAUAUGUACCUCCACCUAAACCAUAUAUACAUCCACCAGUUGCACCGUAUGUAGCUCCUCCACCUCCUAUUCCAUAUGUCCAACCUCCACCUCCGCCUACGUGCCCUGCUCCACCACCAACUUGUCCAGCCUGUUUAUAUGCUUUAAGUCAAUUGCCUGCUGAUAUAUGUCCAUUUGCCGUGGGCCUGAAAGUGGUUUUAUUGGCACCACCAAUAGGUAAGUCUUACUUAGUCCUUGUUUUUACACUCCUUUGUCAAAUAGUCCCAUGCCUCUCGGUUUAAAUAGUCCUUUGCCAAUCUUGAUUCUGAGAAAUAGUCAUGCAAAUAUGCUGAAAUAAUGCAAAAAAAAAAUGUCUUAUGGAUAGGGGGUCACUUAAUGAACGUCUUCAAUAUAUAUAUAUAGAACCCGCUUCAAAAUCUUCACCUUUAAGGAGGAAAAUCCCCUAUUGAUAUCCAAGUAAUAACUAUUGAGGAAAGUGAGACUGAAAUCUUCAAAAACUGUUUGAGUGUCAAUGGAAGCGUAGAAAAUAAUUAGAAACUCCUUCUAGCUUGUUUCUUCGGACCGGAAAAACUGCUAUCUCGUAUCGUUUUCUUCUUUCGCACGUCAGCAUAUGUUUUGCAAAAAUAAGAUUUAAAACCGAUUCAUUUUGGUUCAAAAUCUUAUUAAAGCACAACAAUUUACAAUCAUUCAUUGAACUAUAACAAUUUCGGUUAAUUGAGUUGUAAUUUAAUAAUUCGAUUGUUCCUCAACCAAUGAAUACUAACUUAUGGUAAGUAAUGCAGUUUCCAUAAUAUUUCAACUUUGUUUUAAGAAAGUCGUAAAAUUACUGUUUAUUUUUUUUUUUUAGUUUCUUUGAUAAAAAACAAGGCAUUGAUUCGUAUUGCAAAAGAGAUAAUUAAAAAAAAUUUUUUUUACCACCACUGGUGUUUCGCGAUUUGUUUCCUUUUUGUAUUAAUUUCAAUGUAUUUUUUGACUGUGCAAAGCUUUACAUCAAACUAUUAUUUAAGCAAGAAAUAAAACACAGAAAUACUUUUUGAAUGUUAAUCUUUCUAGCAAACGCUAAUGAACAAAACAGAAAAUUUUAAUUUGGUAAAGACUAUUAGCCUUAUUUGGAUGAAAUUGCCAAAUUGGUUAUGUGAAAAGUAUUAGAAGAUUAAAAAUUCAAGAUUAUAAAGGUUGUUUGUCAUUGUGUUAAAUUUUACCCUAUAAUUGUCACCAUGAAACUGUUGUCGUUGGUCAAUGAUGAAAACUCGUUAAAUAAUUUAACAAAAGCAACCUAGCACUGUAGUCAUACAAUGACAAUCUGGACAAUCCCUCCUGAGGUUAUGGAAUAAUUAACUUAAUUUACGAACUUAAAUUUCAACGAAUAGAAAUUAAUUCCCUCAAUCAAUACGAAAAUAUAAUAUCUGAGUUAGAAAGCACAUUUUAUUAUAUAUUUUUAGCCUUGCAACUCUUUUUUCUUAAUUUCUUUUUGUAAGAAUUGGAAGAAAAAUCACUCACAUCAAUCCCUGAAGUAAAUUAUCCUAACUACCACAGAUAUCGUUGAAUACUCAAUCUUGUACGGUAAACAGUUUUAUUAAAUUCAUCAUAUGAGUUUAUAUUAAACAAAGGGAGCAUUGAUCCUUGGUUUUAUUCGAUAAUUUGUGAAACUUGACCUGGCACCAAUUAAAAUUCAGCUUUAGUAAAGGCAAAUUAUGCAUUGGUUAAAGGAGAUUUUACUUCUCAAAUAUCAAAUUUACACUUCUAACCUAUGGCUACACAUAUAAUAAGUAAUGUUACAAUUUUGAUUAAGACUAGGAGGCUUCUCUCCCUGUUCUUUCCGCUCACCAACCCCAGUGGUUGCUUUUCUUAUUCUCCAUUAUUUUUUUCACUUAAAAGUCAAUGAAAGAAAAGUCAUUGUUUAUGAAAUAUAUAAAUGCCAUCCACCUUCAGCAACCAGUUUGGUCAAAAUAUCUUGCACAAUAUGUAAACUUUAAUGGUAACUCAGCAGAGCAGCAUUAAAAAACCCCAAUCGGAAUACAAUAGUUAUAGCUUAUAUGGAAAUUAUAAGAUAUUAUUUUUUUAAAAAAUUGAAGU